AUGAAUAUGUGGGUGAAAGUUGAAUCCGGUUCAGUUAGCGCAAUACACUUUACACCACAGCAAGCCACAGUUAGAUCUCCUGUUUUAUUUGAAUAUGGAGCAAAGGUCAACAACCUUAUCUUGCAACCAGUCAGUGAGCCUGUCACUGUCACCUUACCUCACAGGCCACAUAAAUCAUUCAGCAAGUCAGUGAAAGUUAUGCAGACUAACUACCCUGAUAUGUACCUUGCCACACAGUCUCAGAUCAGGUUAUGUGUGCAGAACAACAGCAGACAGGAGAGGUUUAUCAAGGUGGACAUGUUAGCAAUGCAAGGGACAUGCAGAUACAAGAGUUUCAGGUGUUUGUGGUGGUUGUUUGCUUCUGUGCUGCAAACUUUGGCAUAUGGAAACAACUUCAGUCAACAUGACCAGGAGAGGUCCCCUUGCCAGCCAGGUUUCUACUGCCCAGAGGGGAGCUUCACUCCAAUCCCCUGUCCUAAGGGAACCUAUGGGCCAUCUGGUGGUGCAGUGUCCAUAGACAGCUGUCUGAAGUGUCCCCCUGACCACUACUGUCCUAGACCAGGCUUGUCUGCCUUUCUGCUCUGUGGUCCUGUGGCUCAGCAGCCUCACUCUGGCCAGGACACCUGCAUCUGCCCAGGGGAGGGACAGAUUUUCCAGAUUAGUGACGGGCGGUGCCACUGCACCAUUGGCUACCAACCUACCGACAUCGGAGAUGUGUGUGCACGCAAACUCUAUGAUGUCUGCAGAGAUGGAAAAACACGUACACAGUAUGGAGACUGCCUGGACAGACAUCAGUGGUCACUUCACUGCAGGCAGCAGGUGUGCCAAUCUGCAGAGGACUACCAGGGUUAUGAUGGAGACCUGGGUCUGUGUGUUUGCAGAGAACCCCCUGGAAGAGCUACGUGUGGAGGCCUCUGCAGGAGCAGAUUGGCUGCUGAGCUGCAGCUCCAGUGCCAGUCGGGUGGAGAUAUGGAACUAGUGUGGAGCUAUGAUAAAAAGGUGUCGGGCGUCUCAGGCGGCAUGCUGGAGACGAUUUUUAAACAGUGGGACUCCCAGGGGAGUCUGCAGUGCAACACCCAUCUCAACUCCCCACGUCCUGUCUACAUUGUUCUGACAACAGAUGCAGGCUUCCUCGGCCUCCUGAGUGGCCUCCCAAAGGAACUUCAGCAACUGUUUCCUGUCACCACACUGCAGGACUCUCAUAGCUCAGCUGAGGAAGAUUCUGACUUUCUGUGGGAGGUCACCAAAGUUGAAAAUUUUAGUCAUGGAGGUGGAGAAAUGAAUGCCAGCAGGACGAGGGGAUACAAGAGUGAUAUGAAGGGAGACGGGAGAGGUGCAACUGGAGUUCUGAACCCAACAACGUGUCUCCAUUUGGGUGAUGUUAUACUGUUCACUGUCGACACACGUCACUAUCCUCGAUAUGAUCUUGACAGCCUGUACAACACAAACAGUGACUUUGACUGGGGUGCUUUCAGACAGUUAAAAGAGGAGCUGACUCUGUCUUGGACUCCUCCCAACUUCUUUUCAGUGGUGUUUAGCCAGCCCGGCGUGUAUGUUUUUACACUGAGCAGCCAUCAGCACAAACACAUGUAUGUGCGGGUGAUGCCUGCAGGGGUCCAGUGUUAUGAGCCUGGUACCUUUUUCCCCACCAUACCUCGUCACGUGACCAGGGUGGGAAUCAGUAGGAGACGCAACCUGUUACUUCGGCCAGAUUGGCUGGUGACCGGCGGAUUGCUAUUUGGAGCUGUGGUCAUCCUCUGUUUAUGUGUUACAGUGCUGAUCCUGUUCCGUGAAUAUGGAUGGCCAGAGAAGAAGCCAAUCAGAGCACGGUAUCGCUUGUUGCAGUUGGCCUACAACAUGGACGACUACUCAUCAAAAGGUUCAAGGGUGAUCUCACUUAGGAAGACUCACCGAAACCAACAAGCCAGAAUGACACAAGAAUCCAUUCAAGCAGCAGCCUGUGCAGACACCUUGGGGGAGUUCUGGGAUUAUGAACACCAGGUGGAUCUGGAGGCAUUCAGCAGCAACACCUUCUACAGCCUCCUGCUCAAACAGAGCCUGUCUGUCACCACACGGCUAGGACAGCUCACAACCGAGGUGAAGGAGUUUUACCAGGGAGUGCUUGGGAAACUGCAGCUACUCCACCCACGCCUGAUCACUGAGGAGAGGAUGGGGGAGGGUUAUGAACGGAUGAGGAGGGAGGUGGAGAGGGAGGUGGUGCGGCGAAAGACUCUGGCCUCACAGCUCAGGGUUCUGCUCGACAAUCAGCUACAGGUUCUGAAGCAAGAGCAACAAGCCCAGCAGAGAGUCCACAGUGUGUUUACAACUCAUCUCAGAGAGUGCACCAGAUUACUGUCCAAGGUUUAUAACAACAGCCAACCAUCCUGUGAACUAAACCAGCAAAAUUUGAUCCAGAGGCUAACAUCCCUGGUGGGUGAGAUGGGAGAGUUGCUAUCAGGAGAGUGUCAGCGUCAGGGAGCCUGGGAGUUGCUGGGUGAGGGUACAGGGGCCAAGCUGCUCUGUCCUGAUACUGGAACUGUGUUGACCAAGGACCACAUCUUUGGUCCUGAUGGGUCCCUGCGUGUCUGCAGGGCACUUCAUUGCGAUUCAGUCACAGGCCUCAUCAGGCCAAAUGCGCACACCCAUAUGUUGCUGAGCAGCUGCCACACCACGGCAGUGCCACCUGGUUUCUUCCUCCACCCACAGACGGGCCGAGUUAUGCCCAUCGCUGGCAAUGUGGCCUAUGAUCCUGCAAGCUCUACUUUAGUGUUCACGACUGACUCAUGUACAGGUGACAACAGGAAGUGGGACAGCCCCCUUCUUCCUUUCAUUCCUUACCCAACCUCCUGCCACUCUGACCAGCCUCUGCCCAGCACUCGGCUCAGAGGCCUAAGACCUGGCCAGAGACUGCAGCUGGGAGUUCCCAUGGCAGACCCAGACACAGGGAUCCCAGUACCCAUUCUGGCUGUGACCAUCCACCCCCAGACUGGACUAGUCUACCCACUGGGAGGGUUGCAUGUCUGCCCCAUCACCCGCCUGCCUCAGCCCAUACAGAUUGGUUAUCCCAUGCUGGACCCCAGGACGGGGAAUGUUGUACUCACAGUUGGGGUCAGUUUAGAUCCAGUAACAGGAGCCGUGCUGCCAGUAGGUGGAGUUCUGCUGGCUGAGUCCUUCACUGAACCUCUGAGUGGACGGAUGGUGAGAGUCAGAGGGGCCAGCAUACGGGCGGGACAACUGCUGCCUACUGCAGGAGGAUACCAAGCUUUACUAGACAGGAAGGUUCUGGCAGCAAUGUUCAAAGUACUGGAUCUCAUGAAGCCACUAACUGAGGAGUGGAGUUCAGAUCCAACUUUGCAGCAUUCACAGCUUCAUCCAGGCAGUGAGAGGGGGAGUGGUCGACAAGAGCAUCUUCUUGCUGCUGCCAAGGAGCUCCAGCAAGCCUGGGGAAGGAGCCUGUACUGUCAACUCCAGUUACAGACCAGAUUGGAAAUCUUGCUAGACUGGGCUGUUGGUCUCCAACAGGACGGAGGGACUCUGGGUGAGGAAAUGCCACUGCCACUGUGA